AUGUGUCAUUUAAACUGGCAUUACGUGGAUGAAACUCUAAGAAUCCGCUCUGAAAAAAAAUAUUCUAUUUGUCGCUCAAAACUACAAGAAAGCUUUCGAUAUUACCAAAACCAAAUGUUUAUGAAAAAUUCUAAGCAAUUCAUUUUGGUAUGUUUAAUUGGUACUCUAUUUAUGGGAGUGCAAGCUAUGAACCAACUCAACGCAAACACAGAUCACAAAAUGAACGUGGGAAAUGACAUACCACUGGAUCUUCCUAUUAAGUACUGUAAAAGUAUCAGCCAUUUGGAGGAUAGCAAAUGUAGUCACUGGUGUGUAUGGCACAAGUAUAGAUUUGGAAAGUGUGAAGAAUAUAAAGAUAAAAUCAUAUGUGUUUGUGCUUAA